UCUGGAGUCGUUGCGAUGCUGCUGCUACUGAUUCUGCUACUGCUUUUCGCUGUGGCCUCCUUGUGGCGACUGUCCUGGUCAAACAGCCACUGGCGGCGACGCGGUGUGUCCGGCCCACAAGGCUGCGCGCUGCUGGGCAACAUGGCAAGCUUCGCCCUGGGGCAGCGCUCAUACGGCGAGGUCUACGAACAAAUAUACAGAGAUAAUCCCGACCUGCGCUACGUCGGCUUCUAUCGCCUGUUCAAUGAGCCUGCCCUGCUGGUGCGGGAUCAGCGGCUGCUGCGCGAAAUCCUCGUCGGAAACAGCUUUGCGUACUGUGCGGACAACGUUGUCAAUGUGGACGCCCGACGCGAUGUCCUUGCCAGCUGCAACCCGUUUAUAGCCAGCGGCGAUCGCUGGCGCACACUGCGCGCUGAUCUAGUGUCCCUGUUCACCCCCAGCCGUUUGCGACAGACGCUGCCCCACGUGACUGCGGCUUGCCACCAGCUGCAGCAGUUCGUGGAGCGACGUCUGAGCUGCGAGCGUUUCGAGGCGAAGGCGCUGGCCACCCGCUACACGCUGCAGGUGAUUGCCUCGGCCGUUUUUGGCCUGGAUGCCCAUUGCCUGUGCCCGGACGAGGAUCAGGAGAAGGGCAGCCAGUGGCUGCAGUGGCUGGUGCCGCUCUUUCAGCCGAGUGCGUGGAGCCUGCCCGAGACCAUAGCACUGCUGCACUCGUCCCGCCUCGCGUACAUCCUGCAACAUCGCUACGUGCCCCUCUCCCUGCAGCACUGGCUGUGUGAUCUGGUGCGGGCCAGGGCCGGGUGCGGAGCAAACAACUUUCUGCACUGGCUGGGGGAGAAGCAGGGCGAGGAAGUCUUGGCGGGACACGCCACCACCCUGCUGCUCGAGGGAUACGAGACCUCGGCCAUGCUCCUCGCCUUCGCCCUCUACGAGCUGUCGCUCAACGCGUCCGCCCAGAGUCGUGUGCAGGCGGAGCUGGCGGAGGUGGCACAGCGGCACGGGGGUCUUCUCUUGGGGCACGCUGCCCUGGCGGAGCUCAGGUAUGCGGAAGCCGCGCUCCUGGAAACACUGCGCCUGCACCCGGCCAUGCAGGCACUCCAGAAGCGCUGCACCCAAUCCUUUACACUGCCAGCACAGAGGUCGGACAAGGAUGGAAGCCGUGGAAGCCUGCAAGUAGCCUUGGGCACGGUCUUGGUGCUCCCCGUCCAAGCCAUACAUCUCGACCCGAACCUCUAUGCCGAUCCGCUUAAGUUCCAGCCGGAGCGCUUCAUGGACACCUCUCCGUUGGGCUGCCGUUUUCUAGGCUUCGGGGCCGGACCCCGCAUGUGCCCGGGCAUGCGGCUGGGACUGGCCCAGGCGAAGGCGGCUCUGGUUACCCUGCUCCGUGACUACUCCGUGCAUCUUGCAGACCAGCGCCAGGCUCCAGUGCAGGUUUCGCCGCUCACCUUCCUCACGGCCAGCAAGCACGGCAUUUGGCUGCAGCUACGAAAGCGCUAGACGCCGUUUACUUGCUUAUUUCUGUUCUACCUGCGACGCAAUUACCCUUAGUCUCUUUCUCUGUCUCACCCACACUCAGCAUUGCCAAGGGACCAAAAAGCUCAACGUGCGCUCGCGCUCGCGCUCUCAUUAUCUUGCUUCUUGAUCCUCUC